UCGAGAUUUCCAACACAGCAUGUAUGCAACAUUGCAGACCCGAAGAGAAAGAGAAAGUAUUCCGGGGCUUUUAAAUUCACUGGAUCUGUAGAUCGCAGAUUGUGUCGGGAAUAAACUAAGUAGUUUCGGAAGGAUCCGGAGGAAUGCCUUGAAUUAAACGGAAGGUAGGAUUCUAUGUGUUGUUGUUUAGUGGUUGCUUAGCGUAACCGGUAAAAUGCGGCUUAUUUCUUUUUAAGGAGCAGUUUAUUCAGCAGUGAAGUGGUUGCAGGACGGCACAGAAAAUGAACGGACAGUGCACCAAUACAUCUCUGGCUAACAGGUACCAUGGGCUGAUGAACCAAGGAUCCACAUGUUACUUGAACAGUGUGCUGCAGGUGCUGUUCAUGACCGAAGACUUCAGAGAGGCUGUGAAAAAGUACUCCGAACAAAAUCCCCACUCUGAAUUCCUUGAUGAUGAUUUGAAAGCCUUAUUUGUUGACUUACAGAACUAUACAGCAUACACAUAUAAAAUAACAAAGAAGCUGGGCAUCGACAAAGUGAAUGAACAGCGUAAUGCUGCAGAGUACUUUGAGAGGAUUUUAAGAAUGACCAGUCCUGAUGCAUCAAAGAUCUUCCACGGUCAGUUAGCAAACAAGACCACCUGUUCUAAAGGUCAUAUACAGACUGAUGGAGACACACCAUUUUGGUAUCUUCAUCUUUCCUGGAGUGAAGACUACAGUGUGGUGAAGGGCAUUGAAGAGUUCUUUAAAACUUCAGAUUUCUGUGGAGAAAAUCAGAUGUACUGUGAGCAGUGUGGUGACAAAGUUGAUGCUACUAUGACAGCUGUAAUAAAGCAUCAUCCAGAUGUUUUGUGUCUGCUGCUGAAGAGGUUUGAGUUCAACUAUGAAUGCAUGUCAUACAUCAAAAUCAACUGUUUUGUGGAGGUUCCUGAAACCCUGCACAUACCAGAGAAUCAGAAAUAUGAACUGUAUGCAGUUGUGGAUCAUUUUGGGGAUCUGAGAGGUGGACAUUACACCGCAACAAUCAAGAUGCAGGAGGAACACGGAGACAGAUGGCAUAAUUUUAAUGAUACCAGGGUCACAGAGCUUGUCUAUCAGCCAUUCCAGCUGGAUAACACCGAGAGAUCCCAGAGUGCAUAUCUUCUUUUUUACAGAAAAAGUAAAGAUGCUGCUGCUGAAGUGGUCAAGGAGAUGCGCAGCCUGGCCAUACAAAAUAUGCAGGUCAUACAUGAGGGAGCAGCCCAAAUUCCACAGGACAAUGGACUGAAUUCCAUAGCACAAGGUCUGCCUUUAAGGUCCAGCAAGCAACUUUUUCCAUCAAGUUCAACUGGCAACUCAGGAAGUCCAGAAAGUCCUCGAAGUGUAUCAAUUCAUAGGAUAAAGGUUGUUGAAGAUCUUUUGGUUGUAUUUAAGGACAAAAGCAUAAUGACUGUGACUUUAAAGAUGGACUUUGUCAAUGAAAGAGCUAUUGAUGAUGCUGGGGUGUCAAGGGAGGUUUACACUGCAUUUUGGGAGCAAUUUUUGGAACAGUGUGAAGGUGAAACAGAACGAGUUCCAAGGCUGAGGCCAGACUUUUGUGAGGCUGAAUGGCAAGCGGUUGGUCAAAUUUGGGUGAAAGGAUUACUAGAUCAUGGUGUCAUUCCAGUGAGGCUAUCAAAGGCUUUCAUUUUAGCCUGCCUUCAUGGAAUUGACUCAGUCAGUAUAGACAUCCUGAUGACAUCGUUUCUCAACUACAUUGCUCCUGUUGAGAGAUCAGCAGUUGAAAAUGCUCUCCAGGGCACAAUGGGUGAAAGUGAUGAAGAGGACCUGCUUGACCUUUUCACAAGGAUGGGCUCCCACUCCCUACCCCCUAAGAACAACAUGCAACUUGCCAUUGAAAGAAUGGCUCAUAAGGCCAUUCUGCAAGAGCCAAAGUACAUAGUUGAUUGCUUCUCCACACCUAUGGCAUGUCUACAGCAGAGACUGUCAGACAAGGAAAGUGUUUUGUCUCUGUAUGAGACAAAGAAGGCCACAGGCAAAAGAGUAUUGCAACUGUUUGAAACAACAAACAUGGUGCUGUCUCAAAGAGAACAUACCACCUUUAAUUAUCUUCAGCAUUAUGUCAAAAAUGCUGAUGAAACUAAAGCUGAAAAAAUCCUGCGUUUCUGCACUGGGUAUUCUGUCAUUUGUGUUGACAAAAUUCUUGUGUGCUUUAACGCUGAAACUGGGCUCAGAAGAAGGCCUGUUGGUGAUACUUGUGGCGCUACCCUUCAUAUACCGUGCACUUACUGUUCUUAUCCUGAAUUCCGCACAGAGUUUGACAACAUUCUUUCCAGCAAUUACUUUGAAAUGUACGUAAUUUAAACUAAAUAGAAGUCCUUUAAAGAAAAAUACUUAAACCUGUAAUUGUUCCAUUGUUAUCAAGAGAAAAGUAUGCUUCUACAGUGAAUGUUUUUACACCAACGAAAUCUAGAUCAAUGAACAGUACAACAGGCAAAAAGAAAAAGAUGUACAUAUGAUUUUGGGGUAAAAGGUCCAUUAAAUUAUUAAAAUAACUGAAGGUUAAUGUUGAUGAUCGUGUUUACAAAUCUACAAGCUAAUGCAGCCUGUGUGAAAUGUGGCCUAAAAAGCGUGUCUUGUAACAAUAAGCCCAAGUUUGCUUGAUUAGCUUUCAGAAUUUUUAUGUAACAUAUGUUUUAUGAUACUACACUUGAUCUUGCAUCACAUGAGGAAGGUUCUGAGUUCAAUUCCACCAUCAGACCGGGUCUUUCUGUGUGGAGUUUGCAUGUUUUUGUUUACGUUGGUUCUCUCUCGGUCCUCCGGCUUCCUCCUACAGUUCAAAGACCCUAAUACCUUUCUGAUCUUUUAAAUUGGUACACUCCAGCAAGAUCACUGAGAUCUGUGGAUCAAAUGCUUCUAACUGUCCCGAGGUCCAGAUUAAGGCACAGAGGAGACCAGGCCUUUGGUGUGACUGCUCCUAAAUUGUAGAACAAACUGCCCCUUUUCAUCAGAACUUCCCCAACGUUAGACACUUUCAAAACCCGUCUGAAAACCGACUUUUUAUUCCUUGGCUAUUAAAUCAGAAUGAGUUUUGUACUACUUUUAUUUGUCUUAUUCUUCUCAUUUUAUAGUACUUUUUCUUCAUUUUUAUUGUGUCUUCCUAUGUUUUUAUCUCUUUUAAUUAUCUUAAAUGUACAGCACCUUGGUCAACAGCUGUUGUUUUAAAUGUGCAAUAUAAAUAAAUUUUACUUUGACUUUGUCUGUA